CCAAUAGCCCAAAACAAAACAAGUGGCCUUCACCCGCUCCUUCUCCCCGCCAUUCGCACUACCGGGCAAUGGAGAUACUGAACCUUGUGGAUGCCACCAACCCGCUCUCUUUCGCCUCUGCAGCUCCCAAGCUCCGCCGUUGCCCGAUUUCCGCCGGCGGAAGUCUUCGUCCUAGCCGUGCUUGCAGCAACAUGGGAUAUACCAUAUUUACUUGGAGAAGAACAACUAAACUUUUUUCAAGCUCUAAGUGUGAUACUAGUUCUUCGAAGAAAAUGAGAUUCGUCAUACGAAAUGUAUCAGUACGGCCUUUGGAUGAGGAUACAGUAGAAGGUCAAAUCAAGAACAAUUCUGUCAGUGGUGAUGCAAUACGACAAUGUUUCCUUGACUUUUAUGCUGCACGUGGUCACAAGAUAUUACCAAGCUCAUCCCUUGUGCCUGAUGACCCUACUGUUUUGCUUACUAUUGCUGGGAUGCUUCAGUUUAAACCUAUUUUUCUUGGGAAGGAACCUAGACAUGUAGCCAGAGCUGCAACACCUCAAAGAUGCAUAAGGACAAAUGAUGUUGAAAAUGUCGGUCGGACAAGCCGGCAUCAUACCUUUUUUGAGAUGCUUGGGAACUUUAGCUUUGGUGACUACUUCAAGAGGGAAGCGAUUAAUUGGGCAUGGGAACUUACAACUAAGGAGUAUGCAUAAACUUUAUUCUUGAUGGACCAUGAAAUCUAGAUUGGUUUGGGUUGCCUCCAGAGAGGCUGUGGGUGAGUGUCUUUGAAGAUGAUGAUGAGGCAUACUCUAUCUGGCAUGAUGAGGUAUAAUGGAUUAGUUGAUGUUUGGAGGUCAGUUCAUCAUGUAUCAA